UGAAUUACACCCACAGGUACGGUUCUUUUUCCCAAUAGUGAUACAUAAGUGAAGGAUGGAAUGUACGAUAUAUGAGUCACACCUGCCAGUCACCACGGAGCUGAAUGUGUACUAUUGAGUAUCGCUUUGCUGACACGUGGGAGAGAGUGAAGAAACUCCUCCCGGCAAAAUAGCAACAUAACUUGUGUUUGCUGUGUGUGCAUCUAGUGAGCGGGUGCAUGGCGUGUCUCCAGACGCUGAUAAGGAGACGUGAUGCAGUGGGGUUCCGGAACGCGUGUGAUGGCUGUGUAGGUUAAAGGAAGUAUUAGAUGAAUGCAAGCUUACUGUUAGUCCAUCUACAGAUUCAGUGAACAGUAGUAAGUUAAAUGCAGUGAUCCGAGUCGUACGCUGCCUGAGCCACGGGGGACUGUGACGGGCGGGAUGGAGACCUGUGUGCCACGGGGUUUGAAGUGCGCUGCAUGUGCGUGAAGGUUGCGCAGGGCCGGUGGUGAGUGCAUUACAAUACGGCGAGAGAAGUGAAAGACAUCCUCAACUAUGGCUGAUUUGCCUCCACCGCCUCCACCACCUCCAGAAGAUUAUGAUCUGGAUGACGGCCUGCCACCGCCUCCACCGCCCCCACCUGAUUAUGACGACGACCUCCCGCCGCCGCCGCCGCCUCCACCUCUCUCUCUACCCUCCGUCUGCCCCGAGGAGCCGCUGCCGCCACCCGAACCGGAUUAUGAUCUCUGUGAUUCUCCUUUGAGUGGUUUCCAGCUGCAGGUGAACCAUGGUGUGGAGAACCUGCCCCCUCCACCCCCACCCGAUCCCCACGACGCGGUGGUGGGGAUGGACGACUUCAGUGAACUCAACAUUUACAACGAUUUUCAGCAACAGGACCACAAAAAGAGGAGUAUUAAAAGCCGCCACUCCAGUCACAGCUCCUCAAACUCAACCAUGGUGGGGGCCAGUAGCAGCAGUCGGUUGAGCAUGGGCAGCGCCAGCAGCAUGGGGCUAUGGAGCCAAGGAUCCGACACACCCACCAGGUCACUCCCUCGCAGGGCGUCUUCAGCGUCAGUGGCAGCGUAUACUGAACCCUUCAUGCUGACGGACGACGUGCAGGGCAGUCUGUACGGCACUAUGAGCAAGGCGUCCAGGCAGCACAGGGAUCGCCACCACAAGCAGCAGUCAGUGAACCCGUACGGCACAGUCCGUCGUCAGCCUGGCCAGCACUCCACCCACGACACCAUGUACGCCACACACAAGCGGGAGAAACACGCCAAGCACCGCCCCAGUUUGUCAAGGUCAUCUGUAACAUCUGUAACAUCCACCUCUAUCACGUCGGGUCUUCCUUCUGUUUUCGACGACCCCCCGCGGCCUGUCCCCACCGAGCGCCCCAUCCUGGAGAGGCUAAAGUACGCGCCCGGGGUGGACAUCAGCGGCAGUAGCAACAUGUCUGGAGAACGUGUGACCAUCAGUGAUGCCCUGAGCAAUGUGGAUGUGCUGGAUGACCUACCUCUGCCGGACCAGCAGCCGGUCAUCGAGGCACAACCAUGCUCGGUCGUCUACAUCGCCAACUUCGAUACGAAUUUCGAGGACCGCAUGGCCUACGUGACGGGCGUGGCCAAGUACAUGGAGGAGGCAGCCACUCACGCUGAGCUGAACAAACUACUGGAGGAGGGAGAGCAGCAUGCUGUGAUGCUGUACACGUGGCGGUGCUGCUCCAGGGCCAUCCCGCAGCCCAAGUCCAACGAGCAGCCCAACCGUGUGGAGAUCUAUGAGAAGACUGUGCGGGUCCUCUCCGAUGAAGUGAAGAAGCUUACCAAGUUCAUGAAUUUCCAGCGUAAGGCCAUUGACGUGUUCUGCACUCAAGUGAAGCGGCUGUGUCACCAGGAGAAGAGGAAGGACUUUGUGUCGGAGGCCUACCUGCUCACCCUGGGGAAGUUCAUCAACAUGUUUGCUGUGUUGGAUGAACUCAAGAACAUGAAGUCUAGUGUCAAAAAUGAUUACUCCACCUACAGGAGAGCUGCUCAAUUCCUGAAGGUGAUGAGUGACACCCAGAGCCUGCAAGAGUCCCAGAAUCUCUCCAUGUUCCUGGCCACACAGAACAAGAUCCGGGACACACUCAAGGAGAAGCUCACUGCAAUACCCUCCUAUGAAGACCUUCUGUGUGACGUGGUGAACAUCUCCAUGCACAUGUUUGAGAACCGAAUGUACCUCACGCCCAAGGAGAAGCACAUGCUUGUCAAGGUGAUGGGCUUUGGCCUCUUCCUAGUGGACUCAGAAAUCUGCAACAUCAACAAGCUGGACCAGAAGAAGAAGAUCAAGCUGGAUAAGAUUGACAAAAUUUUCAAGAACCUGGAGGUGGUGCCACUGUUUGGAGACAUGCAGAUAGCUCCCUUCAACUACAUCAAGCGCAGCAAGAACUUUGACUCCAAGAUGUGGCCAAUGUGCAGUGCCUCCUCCAUCAGUCCCCAGGCAGACCUCAUGUGCCACCUUCCUCGCAUCAGAGACGAACACAUCAAGUACAUCUCGGAGCUGGCCCGGUACAGCAACGAGGUCAUCACCACGUUCAAGGAGACAGCGAGGACAGAUGCCGAAAACAAGGACAUCGCAGAUCUGGCUCUCCGUGGGCUGCAGUUCCUGAGUGAGUGGACCAGCGUGGUGACGGAACUGUACUCCUGGAAGCUGCUCCACCCCACCGAUCACCAUUCCAACAACCACUGCCCUGCUGAUGCUGAGGAGUAUGAGAGGGCAACCCGCUACAACUACACCAACGAGGAGAAAUUUGCGCUGAUUGAGGUCAUCGCCAUGAUCAAGGGACUGCAGGUGCUGAUGGCUCGCAUGGAGGUCGUCUUCCUUGACUCCAUCCGACGCAACAUCUACCAGGAGCUGCAGGACUUUGUGCAGCUCACUCUCAGGGACCCUCUACGCAAGGCCAUCAAGAACAAGAAGGAGCUGCUUAGGACGAUCCUAGUGUCAGUGCGGGAGACCUCUGCUGACUGGCUGAAGGGUGUGGAGCCCCCUGAGGAUCCUGCUCUGAAGGGCAAGAAGGAUCCUGACAAUGGCUUUGAGAUUAAGGUCAUGAGGAGGAAUGUGGGUCCAUCAUCCACCCAGCUGUACAUGGUGCGCACAAUGCUGGAGUCACUCAUCUCGGACAAGUCUGGCGGCAAGAAGACGCUGAGGAAAGAGCUGGAUGGUCAACACCUCUGCCAGAUCGAUGAAUUCCACAAGACCUCCUUCUUCUGGACCUACCUCAUCAACUUCAGUGAGACCUUACAGUAUUGCUGCGACCUGUCCCAGCUGUGGUACCGAGAGUUCUACCUGGAGAUGACCAUGGGACGCAGGAUACAGUUCCCCAUCGAGAUGUCAAUGCCCUGGAUCCUGACUGACCAUAUUCUACGCACCAAGGACGCUUCUAUGAUGGAGUGUGUGUUGUAUCCACUGGACCUGUAUAAUGACAGUGCCUACUACGCCCUCACCCAGUUCCGUAAGCAGUUCCUGUAUGAUGAGAUUGAGGCAGAGGUGAACCUGUGCUUUGACCAGUUUGUGUUCAAGCUAUCCGAGCAAGUGUUUGCCUACUACAAACAUCUGGCUGGCAGCAUUCUUCUGGACAAGCGUUUCCGCAGUGAGUGUAGCCAGCACAGCUUGAGGAUCCACUACCCUCCAGCCAACAGGUAUGAAACGCUCCUGAAGCAGAGGCAUGUUCAGCUCCUGGGUCGCAGCAUUGACCUUAACAAGUUGAUCUGCCAGCGCAUCAAUGCCUCCAUGCACAAAUCCCUGGAAGUAGCCAUUGCCCGCUUUGAAGGCGCAGACAUCACCUCAGUUGUGGAGCUGGAAGGCCUAAUUGAGGUGAACAAGCUGACCCAUAAGCUGUUGUCUCAGUUGCUGGUACUGGAUGACUUUGAUGCUCAGCUGCGGGAAGCCAACCACAACGUGCUGGCUCCCUACGGCAGGACCACACUGCAUGUCUUCUGGGAGCUGAACUAUGACUUUCUCCCCAACUACUGCUACAAUGCUGCCACGGGAAGGUUUGUGAAGGCUGUGGUGACAACAUUUGCUCAGCCGGUGCAGCGAGACAAGCCGCCCAACGUGGCGCCCUACAUGGCUUGGGGCAGCAAGGCACUCAAUGUUGCCUUUAAUACCAUCUUUAACCAAUAUUCAGGAUUCCUUGGGCCCCCACACUUGCGGUCCAUUGUGCGUGUGCUGGGCUACCAAGGCAUUGCUGUGGUCAUGCAGGAGCUUCUGGAGAUCAUCAAUUCCCUCAUCCAGGGCAACAUUCACCAGUUCACCAAGACUCUGCUACAAGCCAUGCCCAAAUUAUGCAAGCUGCCCAGAUAUGACUAUGGCUCCCCAGGUGUGCUGGGCUACUACCACGCCCAGCUCAAUGACAUCGUGCAGUACCCAGAUGCCCGAGCUGAUCUCUUCCACCAUUUCCGGGAGCUGGGGAAUGCCUUGCUCUUCUGCCUGUUGAUAGAGCAGUCCCUCACCCUGGAGGAAGUGUGUGACCUCCUACAGGCGGCUCCAUUCCAGAACAUCUUGCCUAAGCCAUUCUGUAAAGAGGGAGAAAAGCCUGAGACCAAACAGAAGAGGCUGGAAUCGAGGUAUGCUCCCCUGCAGAUCGUGGCCAACAUAGAGAGACUGGGCACAGCUAAGCAAGCAAUGAUAGCCCGGGAAGGGGACCUACUGACCAGAGAAAGGCUGUGUUGUGGUCUCUCUAUCUUUGAGGUCAUCCUCACCAGGAUCCAGGCCUUCCUGGAAGACGCCAUCUGGCACGGCUCCCCGCCUGCCAAUGGUGUCAUGAAUGUGGACGAAUGCACUGAGUUCCACCGGCUCUGGUCUGCCCUUCAGUUUGUGAUGUGCAUCCCUGUUGGUGCAAACAACUUCACUGUUGAGCAGCUGUUUGGUGAAGGUCUCAACUGGGCUGGCUGCUGCAUGAUUGUUCUCCUGGGCCAGCAGAGGAGAUUUGAGGCUCUUGACUUCUGCUACCACAUCCUGCGGGUCCAGAAGGUUGAUGGCAAGGAUGAACUCAUUAAGGGAAUUCAACUGAAACGGAUGGUGGACCGCAUCCGAAGAUUCCAGGUGCUCAACUCGCAGAUCUUCGCAGUCCUCAACAAGUACCUGAAGACCAGCGAUCCAGACAACCUCCCGGUGGAACAUGUGCGCUGCUUCCAGCCUCCCAUCCACCAGUCCCUUGCUAACCAGACCUACCAGCGGCCAGACCACCUACGCUGAGACACCCUUCUCCUCUCCCAGCCACUACCUCCCCGUCCUCCCCCUGAGGGUGCUGAGGGGAGAGGUGGUGCUAGGGGGUGUAAGGUGAAGCAGGUUCUCCCAAAGCUUGCUGGAUGCUAAGCCCCCUCCAGUGUGUUGUCUGGAGUGAGUGCACCAGGGGCUUGGUAGAGUACCCUGCUGGUGAUGUGAUCUCUGUGAGUCUGGCACUUACUUUAGUGUUUCUCCUGACACCAGACAUUUUUUUUGUCCUUGUGGCAGAUAUUGAGAUGUCUCUUCUUAAUUUGUCUGUCCUUACUUUUAUUUCUUGCUGUCAGUUAAUGGAAAACAGGCAGUAGAGGAGGUUAUUAAUGCUUGUUCACCAACAGGAAUGUGCUACUGGUAAACCGAUGUUGUCAAACCCAUUACAACUUUUUGUACAUAAUUGUAUUCUUUCUAUUUUUGAGAUUAUGAUACUUUAUGGUCUGUUGAAUCAGAACAUUGCAACAGCUGUUAUAUAUUGCAACCUGUGGGUAACAUCAUGCCAUGUGUGAGGAAGGUGUAAGACUGCCAGAUGAGCCAGUGUGGUGGUGGACAGACCCAAAAGACACAGCUCCUGCAGCUUCAGUCUUGAGCUGCCAGCCUGUGUUCCAAACAGUAUUUCCCUAACCUGGACUCUCACAUUUACCUGUGCACUGGAUUUAAUGAAAAAUGCCUAUGCAGGUGCAACUGUACUGAUUGGAUAACAACAUCCAUAAAGAAUCUUGGUUGGCAUGGGAGUGUAAAAAAUGUAAAUAGAAACUGCUGUGGGAAAGAUAGUAAUUGGCACAAAUCAUAAUUUUCCAUUGCAUGAUAUCAGCUCACUAUGCAUGUAUUGAGCUCUCUGUACCUACAUGAUGUAUGUCAUUAUGCAUGAAAUCAAUAUAAGAUGAGCCUUAUGUAGUGUUCAAAACACUAUAUACUCAUAGGUAACCAGAGCCAGUGCAGUCUGAGAACAAUUAUUAUGUACAAGAGCAGGAGUGCACUGGGCCCAAGUGGUGCUUGUAAACGUAAAAGUAAGGAGCCAAACAAUUAUAACAAGAGGGUCAAGAGUUGGAAGAUGACUCAAGUGUACAAAGAGAAAGAAUGAUCACCAAAAUGGCUGUGUGCAAUAUCACUUCACAGAUGUCUCAAAGAAGAGGUGAAUUCUAUUUGAAAUUGCUAUAAUCUCUGCAAAGAUGAGCUAAGCAUUAAUGAAUGAAAUUUACCUUUUGUUAAGACAGAACAAAGUAUCAAAUAACCACCUCCUCAAAUGGUAAAGUUUUAUCUGUGGCUGGUUUGUGGUUGCAGAGAUACAGCAAAUUCAAAUUGAGUCCAUCUUGUUGAAACAAACUACCAUCAUUAGGUUGGAUCUUUUAGUGCUUCCGUAUUCGUUGUCACUUUAUUUUCCAUUAUGCCUCACCUGACGAGGGUCUGCUCCUGUGGACGUGGUGGGGCCAGUGAGCAGAGCAGCCAAUAGGACAGAUAGGUUGUCGUGUCUUUAGUCAUCUCGGGAAAAUAGUGAAGACUGUAGGGAAGGAUGUGUAUGUAUUUCAUUAUUAUAUUGCUUUCCAUCACAUUCUCCACCCUUUAUGAGUUAGCAGAACGCUGGUGGAUGUCUACACAAUAUUGCCAUUUUUAUUAAUAAAUUGACUCAAAUUUA